AUGCGCCGCAAUCUGAACGGAUAUCUGCCAAUCGACCAGUACGGGAUGAUUGGCAACCUGCAUACAGCAGCGCUGGUCGGCAUGGACGGCUCCAUUGACUUUAUGUGCUGGCCCGAGUUUGACAGUCCGUCGGUAUUCUGCCGUCUGCUAGACAAGACCAAGGGAGGCUACUUUUCGAUUACACCAGCCAGCACCUCUGUGACCAGCAAACAGCAGUACCUGCCAUUUUCGAACGUGCUAUCGACCAAGUUCCUUAGCGAAGACGGUGUUGGUGCCGUUACUGACUUUAUGCACCGUCCGCGCCCGCACUCACGCACCCACAGACACAUGAUGCCCUGGGUGAUGCGUACGGUCGAGGUCAUCCGUGGCACCAUGGACUUUGACCUCGAGUGCUUCCCGGCAUUUGACUAUGCUCGUGCGAAGCACAAACUAGACAUUGUCGACGCACCUCCGCACGAGACUCCACAGCCCCAGCCGCACGCCGCUGAUGCAGAAAACAGCAUCUUCCAGAGCGUCUUCUUGCACUGGGACCUGGCCGACGAGAGCGCAGAUGGCGGCACGUGUCCGUACAUCAGGCUUGACGCAGCCAAUGGCCUGGUGCCUGAGAUGGGCCAGGGCGUUACAUCGCGCUUUACACUCUGCGAGGGCCAGCGUCUUGUCUUUAUCCUGCGCACCACGCCUGAAAAUGCCACCGAGCACAUGGAUGAUCCCGCCGAGGUCGUUGAGGACAUGCUCGAGGAUACGCUGUUGUACUGGUUGACGUGGAUCCGCAGCUGCUCGUACAAGGGCCGGUGGCUGGAGAAUGUCGAGCGGAGCGCGCUGAUACUCAAGCUGAUGACGUAUGAACCCACCGGUGCCGUCGUUGCUGCAGUCACCUUUUCUUUGCCUGAGGCCAUCGGCGAGCACGGCCGUAACUGGGACUACCGCUUCACGUGGGUGCGCGACUCAGCUUUUACCAUGUACGCCUUUAUGCGCCUGGGGCUGAACACUGAGGCAAAAAGCUACAUGUCCUUUGUGGGCCGCAUUUGCAGCGAAAAGAACGCUGAUGGUGGCCUCCAGAUUAUGUACACGUUGCGCGGCGGCCGCGAUAUGCCCGAGCUGAUCCUGCCACAUCUCGAGGGUUACCGCAGCUGUGCGCCCGUGCGCAUUGGUAAUGGCGCUGCCAACCACCUGCAGCUUGACAUCUACGGCGAGCUGCUCGACGCAGUGUACCUGUACAACAAGUUUAGCCGCCCGCUAUCGUACGAUGAGUGGAUCAACAUCCGCUCUCUAGUCGACUAUGUCUGUGCCAACUACAACCAGCCCGACAUGGGCAUCUGGGAGGUGCGCGGCCGUCGCCAGAACUUUACCUACUCCAAAAUCCAGUGCUGGGUAGCCAUUGACCGCGGUAUCCGCCUGGUGGAAAAGCGCGAGUUCCCGUGCCGCAAUAUAGAUCAUUGGCGCCGCACCCGCGACGACAUCUACGAGGAGAUCAUGGAGAAGGCAUGGAAUCCUCGACUGGGAUUCUUCGCCCAGAGCUACGAAACUCAGGAUACGCUCGACGCCGCCGUGCUCGCCAUGCCUCUGCUAUUUUUUAUCAAUGCGACCGACCCACGCUUUCUCAAGACCAUGCGCCACAUCAUGCUGCCGCCGCACAAGGGCGGCCUGACUGCCAACAACCUGGUCUUCCGCUACAACGCCGUCGAGACCGACGAUGGCUUGUCAGGUGAGGAGGGCACUUUUUCCUUGUGCACGUUCUGGUUGGCCGAAGCCCUGUCACGCGCAAGCAAGGCUGACAUCACCCUGCUGUAUAAGGCGCAGGUCAUCAUCGACGAGAUGAUCAUGUACGGCAAUCACGUCGGCCUGUUCUCUGAAGAGAUCGAUAAGGCUGGCAAGCACUUGGGCAACUUCCCACAGGCCUUCACGCACAUUGCGCUUAUCUCGGCGGCAUUCAACGUCGACCGCGCACUCAAGCAAAUGGACAAGUAG